AUGUUGAUCAAUGCACCAGGUUCUCCAAAGCAGAAGGGUAUCGUGACUUAUGCAGUCUCGACGAAUCGACAAAAACCACUCGCCGGCACUGUAAACGCCGCAGUGUUCAAUACCUUCCGCCGUACAAAAAGCCAGAUCUUAUACUGGGGCGUUCCGAUCCUUUUCGCAUAUUCUGCUCUCGAGUGGGCCGACCGUAGAAACCACUUCCUAAAUUCAAAGGCCGGACGCAUGCAUGAUGCGGAGACUGAGAAAGAAUAA